AUGGCUCGCUCUGACACACAGACAACAACGACGGCCACCAGCUUCCCCGCAAUCCGGGCGUGCAUCUUCGACUUGGACGGGCUUCUCAUCAACUCCGAAGACAAAAUCACUCGAUCCACCAACCGGCUUCUUGAAAAGUAUGGAAGACCUGUCUUCACUCCGUCAAUUCGCGCCUCGCUUAUGGGCGUCCCCGACUCAACAAACAGCGACCUGUUCCACGACUGGGCCAAGUUGCCCAUCUCCCGCGAGCAAUUUGCCCGUGAAUUGAGGGAAGAAGUGCACCAACAGUUCCAGACUUGUACCCCGCUGCCUGGCGCGGAGAAGCUCUUGUCAAACCUCGGCCGUGCACGUAGUGCUUCUUCUGGCGAGCGGAUCGAGCUGGCAUUGGCAUCUAGCACCAAGACCCAUACCUUCGAAUUGAAAAUGUCCAGACGGGAAACCAAACAGCUGCUUAGCAUUUUGCCAUCUGAGAGGCGGGUCCUGGGUGAUGACCCACGAGUGCGACAGGGUCGAGGGAAGCCAGCGCCGGAUAUAUAUCUUGUCGCGUUGCAGGCGUUGAACUCUACAGCAGACUCUGGGAAGCCCAUCUUGCCCAGCGAAUGUUUGGUCUUUGAAGAUAGCGUGGCCGGGGUAGAGGCUGGGAGAAGGGCGGGGAUGAGGGUUGUUUGGGUACCGCAUCCGGAUCUGGGGGUUGAAUAUCAAGAGAGGCAGAAGGAGGUGCUUGCUGGGAGGACGGGAAUGAGUCAAAUCGGGGACGAGUGGCAGCUAGGAGAGAUUGAUGACGGCUGGGCUGAAAGCAUACCGAGUCUGGAUCAUUUUGAUUAUGAGAAGUAUGGUAUUGUUGCACCAUCCUAG